CUAUCCGACCCGGCUGUUUGGUUUGGAUUGUACGGGGAGCGUUCGCGUUUAAUAGGGGUGUGGGAAAAGGUUCAAUGUCAAAGCCAAUUCGAUCUAGCGAUCAUUCAACGAAACCCAUCAUCAUCAUUAUCAUACCGUUCAAGUGGGUGUGCGUGUAUGUUUGUGUGCGUUUUGAGGAACGACGUGUUCGUGUUGCUAAUGAUGCGCUUAGACAAGCCGCUCAGCAUCCAGCACGGUGGGUCAAUUCGAAGCAUAUCGUGACUCAAGCAAGAAUUGCGUAAUAAGGGUUUGAAUUUAUUUGGCAAAAUGCUUUACAUUUCAACAACAAUUUAUUGCAUUGUUAUUAAAGCCUUUUCUAUAUGGAACGACUUUUCUUAAUGAAUAAAAUAUAAACAAUAAUAGACGAAGCACUAGUUAAAUGUUGAAAUUAUGUUAACAUUUAACAAACCAGCUUAAAACGUAGAACUGUUUAUAUUAAAUGUGUUGAGCUGUAAAGAUAGAUUUAAAACAAAUCUAUCUCCACAUACUUUGUCCAUGUCCAUUCGCGCCAUCAUCGUGCGCAUCUCGCCGAGCGGGCUACCGACGGUGCUAACAAUCACAGCGAUACAUUAGUCCCCUGUCGGCUCGGUCACGGAACGCACGCGCCCCGGGCAACCACACACCGAUCAACCGAAACCCGUACCGAAGAUUGGACGCGUGCGCGAAGUCGUCGUGCGGCAAUCCGUUCCAUUCCUUCCCGAAAGUUGAUACGCGCGCACCGGGCCGCCCCAUUGCGCAUAGCGUCACGCGACCGCGUGUUUUGAUUUCUAACUCGCCAACUUUUCGCCAACUGAUAAACACACCCUUUGCUUUGGCAAUCGCGGGACCAAGUUCUCGCUUUCAGUGGUAUUUGUUGUGUGCGUGUGUGUUUGUUUGUGUGGUGUUUGUGCAAAGUGAAGAUAGGCGCUUCCCCCACUGCGCUGUGUUGAACGGAACGCGACACAACGGAUCGUUCACGGAUUGUUUUAUCAGCAGCUGCCUGUCUUAUAUCAGUGCCGGGGCAGAUAUGAAUGAUACAACGAACAAGGAAGCGUACGUGCGGGAUGUGCUGAUACCGGGGAUGGUGGCACGCGGCCAGCUUUCAUUCACCGAGCCGGUUCCGGCAGGCGUUAAGACGCGGCUCAAAUCGGUCGAAGUUAAGCCGCUCGUCACAAAUGGAUUCAUGCUGACGAUACCGUUCGUGGUAACCGUGGUGCUGGAGCGGGAAGGCUCUGCGCAGGGCAAGGAAGCCCCGGAACCGGAAACACUGCAUCUGAUAGUGAAGAUAACGCCCGAUUGCAACAAGGAGAUGUACGAGAGCUGUCAAUUCGAGACACUGUUCGAGAAUGAAAUGGUCGCUUACACGGAAAUCAUCCCCGCUCUCGGAAAGGCAGAGCUGUAUCCUAGGUACUAUCACUGCGAGCGGAAACCAGCGGAAGCAUUAAUGGUAAUGAGCGAUUUUUCCUUUUCCGGCUGGAAAAUGGCCCCGAUGGUCGUCAACCUGCCAAUGGAUUACAUUAUGCUCGCCGUGACCGAGCUGGGGCGCUUCCAUGGCGAAUGUUACGGCUUGAAGGUGGCGCACCGCCCCCAGUUCGACAGCAUGAUUGCAAAGUUUAAGGAAUCUCGCUACGCCGCCGACAUUACGGACCACACGUGGAAAGCGGUCAUGACCGUUGCACCGAUGCGUGCCAUCAAAGCCCUGAAGGAGAGCCGGUUCAAGGGCCUGGUGCCGGCGGGCUACCUGGAAAAGCUGGCCCGCCUGUUCCAGGAUCCGUGGGAGCACGCGAAGGGUAAGGUGAAGCCGCGCGAACCGCUCGCCGUCAUUUGCCAUGGCGACUAUCUGCGCAACAACAUGGCGUUCCGGUACGCAGAUGCGAAGAACCCAGCCCGACCCACUCAAGUGAUGAUGUUUGACUUUCAAACGCUGCGCUACGCAUCACCGAUGAUCGAUUAUGCUGCCUUCCUUGCCAACUCGACCGGGUACGCCGAGCGGGAGCACCAUUUCGAUACCAUCUUCCGCACCUAUCACGGUGCGCUGGUACAGACGGUGGCCACCGUCGUCGGCGUUCCCGAGCCCGCCGAUCUGCCACCGUACUUCAGCUACGAAUCAUUCCAUCGCGAGCUGGCCGAAUACUACUCGUACGGCUUCAACAUUGCGUCCGCGUUCCUGAUGAUACUGCACGAACCGAUGGAGAUAUCAUUCACCGAAAACAUCUUCACCGAGGAGGAAUCGGUAGCCGAUGCGUGGAAGCGGGGCGGCGAACCACUCGACCGGGAGCUGGCGGCGAUGGUGUACGAGAUGUACCGGCUCCACUCCCAGUACGGGCUCGAUCCGGUGUGAUCGGGUUUCCCCUGGGUGGAGCGUGCGGAUCGAUGGAAGUGCUGAACAGGCUCACCACAGCAACACGUGCGCGCACCGUUGACUUGUGCGAUGGGUUUUAACGUUUUAAUUUUGCGCCACAAUGGUUAUUGAAGGUAAUGGGGUAUUUGAUCAAUAGUGAUAAAGGUUCUGGUAAGAGCAGCUUCCAUUAAGAUGCCAUCAAGCUUUUCAUACCAGUAUGUUCUUUAUUGCGACUGUUGCAUGAUUGAAUUUCGUGUCAUGCAAAACUGUAAAAUAAUAUUAAAGAUCUGGCAACGAGUUCUACUGAACGUCUGAUGUACCAUUUCAGUAAAGUCGAUACCUGAGUCCGAGCUUGGUAUUUCAUUUCAUUUAUUUCCAAAUUUAUUCCAAAAACCUAAAGACUACACAGCGCUAUCGAAUGAAUCGAAAUCUAAAUUUCCUGGAAUAAAGCAAUUGCUCUGCAGCUUACCAGUGGUCGCUGCGAUACUAGACCGGAUAGGUUUGGUUACCAUCU